CAUUAAUAUAAAAAUUAUUCAUAAUUCAAAAUUCAAAUCAAAUAUUGUCAUUAAAAGUAGACUACCAAUAUUGUUAUCUGGGAGUUCAACUUGCAUCAUGGCUGCCGUCAUUUCUGAAAAAGUCGGAGAUGAAGUAAAAAAUGGUGAAAAUGAAGACAUUGAAGAGAUCGCUGAUGGAAUUGAAAAGCAAGAAGUAACAAAGAAGAAGAAGAAAAAGAAGAAGAAGAAAAAAGAUAAGGAAGGUGAUGGCACUGCAGACGUGAAUGGAGAUAAAGAGAUAAGUGAGCAACUGGAGAAUCAAACCCUCAAUGGAGAUGCAGAAGAAGGAGAGGAAGGUGGCAGUGAUGCUACUGCUAAGAAACGUAAGCGAAAGAAGAAGAAGAAAGGAGGUCAAAGCAAUGGUAUCCCCCAACAGACCGAACCACCAACUAUACCGAUCACAGAAUUAUUCCCAGAGGGUAAAUAUCCUGAGGGACAGAUAAUGGAGCAUCCUACCCCCAAAGAUGAGAGAACUGCCAUGAAUAGGAUGACAUCUGAAGAGAAGAGGAUGCUUGAUGUUGUCAAUGAACAGGAGCUUAAUGAGAUACGCCUAGCUGCAGAGGCACAUAGACAGACAAGGCAGUACAUGCAGAAGUUCAUCAAACCUGGAAUGACUAUGAUAGAAAUAUGUGAGACUCUUGAAACCUCAUCUCGUAAAUUAAUUGAUGAGAAUGGCCUAAAAGCUGGGCUCGCAUUUCCAACUGGCUGUUCCAUCAAUCACUGUGCCGCCCACUACACACCUAAUGCAGGAGACACUACAGUUUUACAGUAUGAUGAUGUUUGCAAGAUCGACUUUGGAACACACAUCAAUGGUCGGAUUAUUGAUUGUGCAUUCACAUGGGCACCCAACCCUAAGUAUGAAAACCUACUAAAAGCUGUACAAGAGGCUACAGAGACUGGUAUCAAAGAGGCGGGGAUAGAUGUUCGCUUGUGUGACAUUGGAGAGGCCAUUCAGGAAGUAAUGGAGUCUUAUGAGGUGGACUUGGAAGGAAAAACAUACCAAGUGAAAGCAAUCAGAAACUUGAAUGGCCACUCUAUCAGUCCCUACAGGAUACAUGCUGGAAAGACAGUACCGAUUGUGAAAGGAGGGGAGCAAACCAAAAUGGAGGAGAUGGAGUUCUAUGCUAUUGAGACAUUUGGCAGUACAGGGAAAGGUGUUGUACAUGAAGAUAUGGAGUGUUCACAUUAUAUGAGGGACUUUGAUGUGGAGUUUGCUCCUCUAAGGAUCGCCAAAUCUAAACAGCUUCUUAAUGUAAUAAACCAGAACUUUUCCACAUUAGCAUUUUGUCGUCGUUGGCUGGACAGGCUAGGACAGACAAAAUAUCUAAUGGGUUUGAAAAAUCUUUGUGACGUUGGAAUAGUGAAUGCUUAUCCUCCCCUCUGUGACGUAAAGGGUUGCUACACAGCGCAGUAUGAACACACAAUAGUGCUAAGACCAACUUGUAAGGAGGUCAUAAGUCGAGGAGAUGAUUUCUAAAAUUUGGUCUCUGCAUAUUAAUCCAACAAGUCUCAAAACAACCACCCCCCCUGACCCAUUUCUAAUGCAUAUUUUUGGGUCAUGGGUUGAGUGAAGUGGGGGUGUUAAACAAGGACUGUAUGCAAGAUUCCUCUGUUUCAAACAAACUGGUCACGAUUAUUUUGCAGCCUAUAUGCACAAGAGAAAAAUUGUUGAUUAAACGGAGGACUUGUACGUAAAAUGCUGGAAUAAAGUAUUAUGUUUGACUUGAAUAAAAGAUCCUUCUAAUGCCAAAAUUGGUAUUGCAUGUUACGAAUGUUAACUGGAGGAACAAUGUUAUCCUAUAGCAUGUAAUAAUGUUUAAUUUGUGAUACUGGCUUCUAAUUGAAGAACAGAUAUCAUGCUGAUUUUUUUCAAUACCUUUAAUGUAUUGAAUAUUUGUUAUAUCAUCAUUGCUGUUUUGCUGUGCUUAUCACAAAAAAUGAAACUGAGAUGAAUAAAACACAUGAGUUUAAUGUACAGCCAUGAGAAAUGUCAGUUUGAGGUACUCCACUCUAUUCUUUUUGAAUUCUUUUUUUUUAAUUGGUUGGCUAUUAUUUGGUUCUUAACGUAGGACUGUUCUCAUAUAUAUUCAAUGAAAUGUGUAGGAGACAUUUUGAAUUUUGCAUCAACUCACAUUCUGGCAGUGUGAAAUAUAUGAAUUAAUGAAAUAUGUGUAACUCACACUUGUGCAAAUCAUGUACUGUAAAUUGCUUUAAUUUUGCCCUAUUAAUUUGGUGGAUUGGGCAAAUUUUGGCUGCUAUUUAAUUUGCUCGAUUGACCCAUUGCUAGGAAGACAUGUGGUCAGGUUACUUUCGGGUUACUGACAAAGGGGGGGGGGGGUAGCAAUCAUAAAAAUGGGAUUCAAUGAGACUUUAGGCCCUUUUUCAAAAAAGGAUGGAGAUUUAAUUUGGCAGUUUUUAUCAACCUGCCAAAUCUGCCAAAUUAAAAUGGUAGUCAAAUUAAAGCAAUUUACAGU